UGGUGGGAAGAUAGGAAAUUGGAGAUGGAGGGAUGAUAAGUGAAACUUGUGAGUUGUGACCGAACAGGUGGGCAUACUAUAUCCAAACAACACUCUGUCAUUGCUCCCUCCGCCGCUGAUAAACACCGCCAUCAUCACGCCUCCACCAAGAAGAUACCUUAGUCCUCCCCGAUCAUGAUGUCUUUGCGAAUCUUCAUGAACAUUACUCCUUUAUCGUCGUCGUCUCACUCGGCUACUAGGAUCCCUAGUAAUAAGACUCCUCACAUCACUGGAUAUGCUCCCAUUGUCCAUGAAGCAUCGGUUGGGUCUGUGGACUCUCAGUCCCAGUUGAAGCAGCAGAUGGACAAGCGCCCUCCCGGUACGGGGAAGCCCGGCGGUGCUUGGGAUUCCGCCCUCGGCAAUGAAGGCCCCGGAGGAGUUUCCGGAGUUCAAGUGCCCCGGCAGAGGCAUAUCACCGCUUCUAAGUCACAGCUUUUAGAUGCCAUCCUAUCCGCCAUGUUCGAUUCAGAGGACGAGUCUAAGCAAUUUCGCGAUUUAUGCUCAUGCUUGGACUUGAUUCUUCAUGCUGAACAUAAAAGCAUUCUAGAGGAAAUGCGAGAUGAUUAUGAUCUUGCUCAUGUUAAGGCGAGCAGGGGGAACAGUUUUGAGGGAACGUCUAGUUUAGAUGGUAGUAUUGGUCCCAAUGGGAGAGAAUCAGAUGCUGUCAUGAGUAAUUCUCAGAAGAUUGAUAAAUAUGAUGGAGCCACAGGAUCAUCAGAGCUAUUAAUAUCCUCCAGUCAAGAUAUCCUAGGGUUUCCCUCCAUUUCGUUUCUUGAAUAUAUCAACAAAAUUAAUGUGGGUGGAUCCAGAGUCGAUGUUCCCUCAAGUUUCCAGCGUUCUUUCAUCCGGCUGCUUUCAGAUGCAGGAUUUGAGGAAUUGUCUCCAAGAGAUUUGAUGCUAUCAUAUGCUCUUAAUACUGAUUACCUUCUUACUUUGCCAAUAAGUGUUGACUGGAAGAGAGCAUCUGAGUCCAGUACCAUAAUAUUUAGGCGUGGCUAUACAACUGAAAGGCAAAAGGGUAUACUAGCUGUAGAAAAAUUGGAAUAUUUGCAAUCAAAGUUGUUACAGGGACUCUUUUUUAUAAUAGUCAAACCUCUGGGGAAAACCAGCAUUUGGUUGACUGAGGUUUUAAAAAGAAAUAGUUCACCACAUGAUGCUCAAAAUUGGGCAGAAAAGUUUAAGCUUUGGCUGGAGGAGUUGCCCUAUUUCCAGCAAACAUAUUCUUAUGACAAACAUACAUCUAGUGAGGCAGAAGCUCUUGACCAUUUAUUAGAGAGUGACCUUCCCAUUUGGAAAGCAGCUCAGAGGGCAGCAACUCAUUAUGAAGAAAUUCUGUCAGCUGCUGGGCCUCGUGGUAGGCUUCUUAGAAAGUUUCUUACUUCGAUUGGACUUUUACCUUCUACCCCACAGCAGGAAUUUGAGCUUCAUGUUGAUAAUACGGACCCGUCUGAACCUCAUUUAAGACCUGUUUUCUUACCAAGGAUAUCACUUGGUGAUAUUUGGGCACCUGCUUCAACCCGAUCAUGUGGAAAUGAUAUCUGGAAAAUGUUUAGAACUGCCGUAUCCAUUCUUCUUUCACAAUCAACUCUUCAGGAGCCAGCAUUCGAAGAAUUAAUUUUGCUAUAUACAAAGGAAACGUGCCAAGGAAAUACCGGAGAUGAAGUUGAGUUUCCUUCUUUGCAGUUGAAGUUCUAUGAAACAAUCCCUAUUCCAGAUUUACCGGUGGUUUUUCCUCACAAAAAGUUGUCUUUCCGCAUCCUAGACUCGGUACGCUUGGAUAUUGCCUCAAUUUUGGGACUUUUGGCUUACUUCAUAAAUUACAAAUUUGAAGACAUAUUAUCUUCCCCAUCUGCAAUACUUCUAGAUGUGAUAGCACUCAGUGCGCUUGUGAUAUAUGUGACCCGUGUGGUUUUGGGUUACAAACAAACAUGGGAUAGAUAUCAACUUCUGGUCAACAGGACACUUAAUGAGAAAACUAUAGCAAGUGGUUUUGGUUCCAUUCACUUUCUUCUUGAUGCCUCUGAACAACAACAGUACAAACAAGCCAUUUUGGCAUAUGCAAUCCUUCUCAAAACAGAAAAUGACAAGGAGCCUUCUGCUAGAACUGUAGGAGUUGAGUGCAGCCGAUUCAUGUAUAAUGUUUUCAAGGAAAAGGUUGAUUUGCCAAUAGGCAAAGCUGUAAAAACAUUGGUGAGGUUGGGUAUCGUGGUUGCUGAAAAUAGUGUGGAUGGAGAUGAAGUUUUGCGCGCUAUCCCUUGCCUUCGAGCACGUGAGAUUCUUAAGCAACGUUGGAAUUCCUUGGUUCGUUGAUCCUUCUUCUUUGCUUAUCGUUACUGCUUUACGGAUUCCAUGUGCAUAUGAAUCCCAUUGUAAACUGUUGAAGCACAAGUAGAUUACACUGUACUAUGUAUAUAACAAUUAGCACUCCGGCAUAUACAAUGAGAAUGUUUUAUCAAAUAGCAUUAUUUAGAGAAGUUUUUGAAAA